UUUGCUUCCUUUCUAUUUCGUUUUCGUCUCAUUCCCUUUUAAUCUCCCUUUCUCUCGCUCUCUUCCUCUCUCCCUCUUCUUGUCUCCAUCUCCGUCUCUGCUCCUUUGCGUUAUUUAAAGGAGUUUGGACUUCGGAGAUUGUUUCGGGUUUCCGACGAUGGUUAUUAGGCGAUUUGCGAGGGGCUAUAUGGUGGCGGGAGGAGGAUGUUGAUGCUGUUCGCAUAAUUUGAUUUGAGUGGGUAAGUUAGGGAUUUGGCAGUGUGUUGUUUUUGGCCGGCUGAAGAAGCGGAAGGAGGAAGAAGUGGGAUAAAGAAAAUUUGGUUUUUUCUGUUGCCUUGGGAGGAAUCAUGUCGCAGACCAAUUGGGAAGCUGAUAAAAUGUUGGACGUGUAUAUUUAUGAUUAUUUGGUGAAGAGGAACUUGCAAGCCUCCGCAAAAGCUUUUCAAGCUGAAGGGAAGGUCUCUUCGGAUCCUGUUGCAAUUGAUGCCCCUGGUGGCUUUCUUUUUGAAUGGUGGUCGGUAUUUUGGGAUAUUUUCAUUGCGAGGACGAAUGAGAAGCAUUCUGAUGUUGCUGCAUCAUAUAUUGAAACUCAGUUAAUGAAAGCUCGGGAGCAACAACAACAACAACAACUACCACAACAGUCUCUACCAACACAACAACAACAGCAACAACAACAAGUUCAAAUGCAACAACUCUUGUUGCAGAGACAUGCUCAACAACAACAACAGCAACAACAGCAACAACAACAACAGCAACAACAACAACAGCAGCAACAACAACAACAAAGAAGAGAGGGAGCCCAUCUUCUAAAUGGUUCCGCAAAUGGCAUUGUUGGUUGUGAUCCUUUAAUGCGGCAAAAUACUCCCACUGCAAAUGCAUUAGCUACAAAGCUGUAUGAAGAGCGAUUGAAAAUACCUUUGCAUAGGGAUUCCCUUGAUGAUGGAUCAGUGAAGCAGAGAUUUGGAGAGAAUGUUGGCCAGCUUUUGGAUGCUAGCCAAGCUUCAAUGCUCAAGUCAACUGUUAAUUCAGGGCAAGCUUCAGGGCAAAUUCUGCAGGGUUCUGCUAGUGCUAUCUCUGGGGCCUUACAGCAGGUGCAGGCUAGGAACCAACAACAACCUGGAGGAAUGCAGGAUAUCAAGUCUGAGAUGAAUCCAGUAUUGACUCCCAGAGUUGCUGUUCCUGACGGAUCAUUAAAUGGAGUGCCCGGAUCAAAUCAGGGUGGGAAUAAUUUAACUCUGAAAGGAUGGCCUCUGACUGGUUUUGAUCAACUUCGACCAGGAAUAUUUCAGCAGAAGUCAUUUAUGCAAUCUCCCCAAACAUUUCAUCAGCUCCACUUUCUUAGUCCCCAGCAACAGCAGCUCUUGCUUCAAGCACAGCCAAAUCUUACAUCGACAUCGGCUGCCGACAUUGAUAGCAGAAGGCUAAGGAUGAUGAUUAGUAACAGGAACAUGGGGCUUGGAAAGGAUAGUCUGGAGAGCUCUAUUAGUGAUGCAAUUCCAAAUGUGGGAUCUCCAAUACUUACAGGAGGUCCUGUUUUACCGCGUGCAGAUACAGACAUGUUGAUUAAGAUUCUUUCUUCUGUUUUAACAUUCAAUGAAGAACCUGAAGAUUCACCACUCGCUAGAUGCUGUCAAGGAAGUUCCCUUGUUUCAACAUUUGCAGGAACCCAAGUUGGUGCUGACUCUGGUUCUAACAGAAUGUAUGAUUAUGCGUCUGACGGGACGUAUGGCUUUGUACCCCUCGGAACAUAUGGCUCUGCAUCCAUUGAGACAUAUGUCUCUUCCUCUAUCAAAGGAGCGUCUGGCAAACUUUCAUUAUCAGCAGCGACCAAGCCCCCAGUUGGCGUAGCUAUCAUGGAUGGUAGACAGCUGGGCCCCUCCAUUGGGUCCUGUUGUACCAUCUCGUUCUUUCGUUUCAGUGAUGCACUGUCUUUGGUGGUCAACCUUAGCAGUGAGGACAUCCCUUUCUUUUCCCGUCAACUGAAGAUACUCAUUAAAGGCCCCACGUAA